AUGCGCGUGCUUCGACAGCUCGCGCUUGAUGAAGGUGCAAAGUUUCCUGCCGCGGUACCGAUCGUCAAUGAUUCCAUUUACGUGGACGACGCAUUGUUCGGAGCAAACGAUAUCGAUUCGUUAAUAAAUAGGCGAACUCAGCUCGCUGAGCUAAUGAGGCGCGGAGGUUUUUCACUUCGUAAAUGGGCUUCAAACUGUAGCGAGCUUCUUGACGAUUUAUCCAGCGAUCAAUCGGACGUUACCGAUCACCUUAUCCUAAAGGACGAAACGUUGAAAAUACUCGGAUUAUCAUGGCUCCCUACGGAAGACUCCUUCCGCCUUACAGUGAAAUUUAAUUUUCCUACCGCGUUAACUAAGCGUUCAAUCCUGUCGUGCAUCGCGAGCUUGUAUGACCCCCUCGGAUGGGCUGCGCCGGUUGUAAUAAACGCAAAAAUCAUUCUGCAAGAGCUAUGGCUUUUACAUUGCGACUGGGAUGCUCCGCUUCCGAACGAAUUGAGUCAACGGUGGAAUGCUUUCGCUUCCGAGUUCCCGCAAUUAGAAUCCGUUAGAAUUCCUCGGUGGACGGGUCAGAGCCCUGAUAAUCUCGCGUUAGAAAUACAUGGAUUCGCCGACGCUUCAAAUCGCGCGUACGCUACGGUCGUAUAUUUGCGCGUUUUCCAUUCUCUUUCGGAAUACCGUGUUAGCUUGAUCGUUGCGAAGUCGAAGGUGGCUCCCGUCAAGACUGUUAGCAUUCCGCGGCUCGAGCUCAACGCCGUCGUUUUAUUGAGUCGACUCGUUAAGUGGGUAAUUAAGUCAUUAAAUAUUAUUCAUUGUCCGAUCCAUUGUUGGACGGACUCCACGAUCGCGUUGGCAUGGUUACGCCAACAUCCAUCGAAAUGGACUACGUACGUAGCAAACAGAGUAUCCGAGGUGCAGUGUAAUCUACCCUCGGCCAAAUGGAAUCACGUACCGUCCAAAGACAAUCCGGCCGACUGUGCAUCCAGAGGGUUGUACGCAUCCAAGUUAGUCUCACAUCCGUUAUGGUGGGCGGGCCCGCCUUGGCUUCAAUGGCCUUCAACAGCGUGGCCGCCACAUAACAUUGCUUCUCCGAUCUCCACGGAGUUAACUAAGCAAAUACACUCGGAAAGUCGAAAGUCCACUGUCCUUCACGUGGAAGGUACACCGGAAUGGGAUCUCCCUUAUAGAUACUCCUCCUGGACUAAGCUCAUUCGAGUGACAGCCUACGCUUACAGAUUUAUAUCCCGCUCCGCUAAACAAAGGAAUUUUGAAGCUAAUGUUGCGUUGUCUCUUAACGCGGACGAACUUAAACGCGCGGAAAUGUUUUGGGUCUCAUAUACGCAGAGGAAGUCGUUCGACUCCGAACUCAAAGCAUUAAAGAGAGAAGAAAACCUUCCGCGAAAGAGCCCACUGAAGCCUCUUAAUCCUUUCAUAAGAAAAGAUUCCUUACUACGUUUCGGCGGGCGGUUACGGAAUUCGCACUAUCCUUCGAGGAACAACACCCUAUCUUAA